CUCCUACAGGAAGCAUGAGUUUCAGGAGUACCUCAUUCCACAGUUAAGUUAGAGCAGUAAUAAUUUUUUUCUUCUGUUACCACAUUAUUGGCGCACUCUAAGGAACAUGGCGUUUCCUAACUGUUCUCUAAAAGUGAACCGAGAGCUCCUGGAUCCCAACUUUGACAGUUACAGACUCUCCCUAGACUCGAUCCCGUGCUAUAAUGUAGAACUGGAUGCAGUUGUGGCUGAGGUGAAACUGAAAGACAGUCAGUACACUCUGAACCACAUGAAGGCAUUCGGCAUGUACAAUUACCUCCAUGCUGAUCCCUGGUAUGAGGAGAGUGUUUACUUUAUUGACUGCAAGGGAAGAGUGCUCAAUUUAAAGGUCACAUUGGACACGGCACUGGGGAAACCUCGAGAAGUGUUUCGUAUGACCCUUGACCCUGGCGCACUUGAUGGCGAAAGGCUUUGUGCUUCUCUGAGUCUGACCUCUGCUACCUGGGCCGCCCUUUCAGAUGGCGCCGGAUCGCUGACCCUGUUACGCACCAGCAAUAGAGGAGAGGGCUCUCACCUAAAGUGGGAACCUCUGUUCAGCGAGUCUCUCGGGGAGCCGUUUACCAUCCUGAACAGUGUUUCCCACGUUCAAGCAGGGGUUCAUACCACCGAGCUUCUGCUGCUACGGAUGCAAAAAGAUCCAGAUGAUACUAAAGGCAGCGGCUUUUUCACCACGCUGGAGUGGGUGACUGUUGACAAUUCUGCUGGUGAACAAAAUAAGUAUGAAGUGAGGAAAAGGCGGUUGAUGAAGGGCAAGUCAGUGCCUCACUAUGCUGCUGUGGAGCCUCAGGGAAGAGGGGUGAUGGUGGCAUCAGAAAAACCCUUCAUCUUUACACAGGUGGAUGGCGUUCCUUUGGAGGACACACCACCUGAAGACAUGGAAGUAGAAAACACCGAGCCCAUUUACUUUUGGCAGCAGACGGAAGAAGACGUUACAGUGUGCGUCCGUUUACCUGAGGGCACUACAAAAGAUGACAUCUGCUUCAAGCUGUCGGUGGACAGUGUGUAUGUGGGUGUGAAAGAAUACGCACCCCUGUUGCAGGGUCAGCUUUUUGCUCCUGUGGAUCCUGAAGCCAGUGUCUGGACCAUUAAAGAUGACAAGAGUCUGGAGGUAAAUCUGCAGAAGCGCAGUGAGGGGCCACUCUGGUCUGAGGUGGUUCUGGGUGAUAAGAGAGGACAGUACAUUGUGGAUGAGGAACAGGCAGCACAAAUCCAUCAGAGACUUGCUUACCUUACUGCUGAAGAAAUGGAUGCUAACCCGGAGAAAGUUAAGCCUUCAUGUAACGUUCAGGAACUGGAGGACUGUGAUGGUUUUCCGGAUGAUCGAUCGACACUAAUGCGGUUUGAUGGUGCUACCUUGAAGCCCACCCAUGUGGUAAACCUUGGAAGCCACCAGUACCUUUUCACAGUAGACAUAAAUCCGUCUGAUAUGCCGGCUUUUUGUCUGCGGCAUGAUGUUGACGCCUUGCUGUGGCAGCCACGUCCUGAGCAGCCUGAAGCCUUGUGGGAACACGUCGCCACCUUCAAUGCACUAGGUUAUGUUCAGGCUUCAAAGACGGAUAGAAAGUUCGCGACAUGCGCCCCCAAUUUUUCAUAUGCAGCUCUGUCAGAGUGUGUAAGGCGUGUUUUCAUCUACCGGCAGCCAUCCAAUGUGGACACGGUGCUCUUCAAUCGCAAACAAGGCCGCCAGAUUGGCCAGAUCGCCAAGCAGCAGGUAGCCAGUCUGGAGUCUAACGAUCCUGUUCUGGGCUUCAGGGCUACCAAUGAGAGACUGUUCAUUUUAACAUCCAAAAAUAUGUUCAUCCUUAAGGUGAAUAAUUAAUGAAAUGGAUGUAUGAGAUGUUUGAAUGAAUCAAAUGUAUCUGUUUUCAACUUAAGCUCAGUAAGCAAACGGUGUCCAAAUGUUACUUUUGCACUGGAGCUACUUGUUAGCUAAUGUCAUAGACACUUAUGAACGAUAAUUAAUGUCUUAAUGUUUAACUACAUGAAAUGUUGCUUGAUGUUUCCACAUGGAUUUAUCUUCUGUUGCUUGAUGUUUCCACAUGGAUUUAUCUUCUGUGAUUCAGUGUUUAUGUUCACUGCAUGGGUUUAAUGAUUUAUUUGCUAUAAAGGAAAUUUAUCUAAUGUUCAUAAUGGCUUCUUUUAUUUAAUAAUGGGAUGUGCACUUAUUCAUUUUUGCAUAACACAAUAACAGAAUCAUACAGUGUUUGAGGGCAAAGCAAAGAAGGGUGUUGCCAAAUUGGUUAGUCGUGGUCUAGAUGUGAAGAAAGUUAAUUCAAUGAAUCCAAAAUUAAUGUAAUUAGGGUGGAACAAAUAAUAUAUAUAUUUUUUAAAUGGCUGUUGCUCAACAUCUCCAGGUUUUUUUUUUUUUUUUUUGGACAUGUACCAUAAUGUCUUGUGUUGUAUCUAAUUAUUUAUUAACUUCAUUCCUCUUUCAGUGGUUAAAGAUGAUUGGACAGGAAAGUAUACUACUGUAUGUCUUACUUAUCUCAACUGAGAUAGCAAGGAAGUUUAGCCUUGAUUGACAGAGUUUCAGAAAAUUGUGAUUGUUGUGGAAUGUAAAGUACUGUGCAAACAUGAGCCAUCCCUCAUUUCUUUAUAUUUUGCUUCCACAGAGCCAGUGAUAGGUCUCCAGUUUUUUUUUUAACUCAAUCGUAAAAACCAUCUAACUUAAGGCAUGAACCAGUUACGGUAGGAAAACAGAUGCCGGUGAUGGCGGAUGAUCAGGUCGGUGAUUAGUAUACUUGUCAUGCUGAGUGGUUGGAACAGACGAGAGGGGAAAUGAGGUUGCUGCUGAGGUUGUAACAUACUAGUUUUUAAAUCGUAUUUUUAGGCACUUUUCAGCUUGUCACAGUAAAACAUUUGUUCGCAUUUUAAAUUAAUAUACAUAAUUAUGUUUCAUGUAAAGAAAUAAAGUGUGGCUCAAGGCUUUUGCACACUACUGUAGGUUGCAAAAUUUUAGCUUUUUGUUGUUAAUAUUUAAUAGUGUAGUUCUUGUUAAUGACAUUAGCAUUGUAACUCCAGUGCAGAAUUUUGGCCCAAUACAGUAUAUUGGCUCAGUAGCAAAAAAUCCAAAGUUGAAAACUUGAUAUUUACCCAAGCCAUUCUUUUAAAUCUGUUAUAUUCAGGAUGUAUUUCAGGUGACUGCCAUUUUGCUUAGUUUAAAUAAUGCAUGUACGUUUGUCAUUUUAUAAAAAUAAAAUGCUAUUGAUGAAAAUAA